AUGGAAAAAAUAGAUAAACAUUUAAAUAUUAUAGAAAAUAAGAAUUAUGAAAGUGAUAUUUCUGAUGAUUCUUUGCAAAAUAAAGAAUAUAGGGAUUUACUUCAAAAAGAACUUUCAAAAGUACCAUUUGGCGCAUUGGUUUCAGCUAAAGAAGAACUUGAUGUUCUUUCAAACAUGAGAAAUGAGUAUCAAAAAUGUCAUAAUAAUAAAAAACAACUUAAAGAAAUACUUUUAAAAAAUAAAGAAAAAGUAGACAAAAAAAAACAUUCUAAAAAACAUGCACCAUUAGAAGUUUCAUCUAAGAAGCCUGUUUCAAGACGUAGACAAGUAGUUCCUGUUACAAUUAUUGAACGACGAGAUCCACGUUUUGAUUUUCAAGACCGUGUAAAUCCAGCUAAUCUAAGUUCAAAAUAUUCAUUUAUUAAGGAUUAUCAGCAAGAGGAAAUAAAGAUGUUGAAAAAUGCAAUGAAAUUUGAAAAAAAUCAAGAAGAAAAACAGAAAUUGAAAAAAGCAAUAACUUCUUUGGAAUCAAAAUUAACAAGUGCAAAAAACAAGGAAGAAGCACUAAGAGUUCUUCGUGAACACAAGAAAAUCGAAAAAGCAAAAAUAGAAGCAGGCAAAACUCCAUUUUUUUUAAAAAAAAGAGAACAAAAAAAACUAAUAGAAAUGGAUAAGCUUUCUAAGCUUAAAGGAACAAAGGCUUUAGAUAGAUAUAUGAAGAGAAAAGAUAAGAAACUAGCAUCUAAAGAACGGAAAAGACUGUCUAGAUACCAUUCCAGAAACUAG